AGGAGUGAAGCUCCUGAAAGACAUAUAAAGGCAAAAGACGACUUGGUUCUUUGCAGUCACUUUUGCCGGCAGCCACAUCCAAUACUCUCCACUCCCUCUCUUCCUCCAAGCCUGCUCUCUACUCCUCUGCUGCAACCCUUCAUUCAUAGAGAACCCCUCAGCAAAACCAUCUCCAUCACUUUCCCAUUAACCCCGCCUGAUGAUCAUGGACACCUUGAGAAGCAUCCCUUCUGCCAGUGAGGCGCUCAAUUUAUUGAUGGUCUUUAUGCUGACAUUCGGCCAAAGUGUUUACCCAAUGCCGGUGCCGACUGACAUCCCCAUGUGCACUGCCUCGGAACCUGCCCAGUACAGCUUGACAUUUACUGGCAAGUGGACUCAGGCGGCGUUCCCCAAACAGUAUCCUGUCUACCGUCCCCCUGCACAAUGGUCCAACCUUGUGGGGGUGACCCACAGUUCCGACUACCACAUGUGGCAGCGUAAUGGCUUUGCCAGCAAUGGAGUGAGGGAGUUCACAGAGAAAGGCGAGGCUUGGACUCUCAUGAAGGAAAUCGAGCAAGCCGGUGAACAAAUUCAGAGCGUUUAUGGGAUCUUCUCCGCUGCUGCCGUCGUAGGAGGGACAGGCCAGAGCAACACUGUGGUUGAGGUCUUUGCCAGACAUUCCUAUCUGUCAUUUAUUGUGCGGCUUGUUCCUAGCCCCGACUGGUUUGUGGGAGCAGACAGUAUUGACUUGUGUGAUGGCGACCACUGGAAAGACAACGUGUCGCUGGAGCUUUUCCCGUAUGAUGCCGGAACUGACAGCGGGUUCACAUUUUCUUCUCCCAACUUUGAAACCAUCCCUCAAGACAAAAUCACACAGAUAACCUCAUCCUUACCCAGUCACCCUGCCAACUCCUUCUUCUACCCUCGGCUGAAGCACCUCCCAGCCAUAGCCAAAGUGACACUGACUAAAGUAAAGAAGACCAAUCAGAUCAUCAGCCUUCCAGUGGAACCCACCCAGUCCAACUUGCUGCCAACAGGAAAUGAUAUCGAGGACAACCUUAUAAAUACGCCUCUGGACUGUGAAGUGUCACAGUGGUCUCCCUGGGGUUUGUGCAAGGGCAAGUGUGGAGAUUCGGGAGUGCAGCACCGCACUCGCUAUGUACUCAUGCACCCAGCCAACGACGGCACAGCAUGCCCCCUGCUGGAGGAGGAGAGGACGUGUGCCCCGGACAACUGUUUAUGACUAAGCCAGGUUAGGAGGGAGAAAAAGGACUGGAAGGACAGAAGAGGGAAUGACAGGAAGGACCGGAAAGGGAGAAAAAGACGACGAAGAAGAUACAACAGCAAAAAGCCUGAGCCAUGAAUUGGACUUCUCUUUCCUCCCUACUAUGAUCUUUAAUAUGUGCUAUUGAUUGGUCAAAAUUGUGUUUUGGGGAUUCAUUGUGUACAGAUUUUCGUCAAAGUUUAACGAUAGUUCUGAGAUCAGUGGAGAGGUGUAGUUUGGUAUCAUCACCCUUAGACACCAAGUCAUUGUUGCAGAUUAUCAAAAGUGUCUUUAUGAAUCAACAGAAAGUACAAAUGUUUCAGUUUGGAGGUUUCUGAUAAUGUAUUUAUUGACAGGAUUUUACCCUGUAAUGUAAAAAUAUGAAAGUAUUCAGUUGUAUUAUUUUAC